AUGCGCUUCCACCAGCUGUUUCUCCUUUCUCCCGCGCUCCUCGCGUCGGCGCAAUUGUCGAGUAUACUUUCGGACAUUACCACAGGCGUCGGAGGGGACAUCACGUCUGCUGGCGGCGUCGUCACGUCUUUUGGUGGCAGUGUCUACACAGUCGUCACAAACAAUGGAGGCAGCAUUGUAAGCACCAUCACUAGCGGGGCCGGGAGCGUCGCUACGGUCAUUACUUCUGCCGGCGGCAGCAUAGCCACUGAAGUCACCAAUGGCGCUGGAAGUGUUGUUUCGACCAUCACCAGCGGUGCCGGGAGCGUCGCCACGGUUAUUACCUCUGCCGGCGGCAGCAUUGCCACCGAAGUCACCAAUGGCGCUGGAAGUGUCGUUUCGACCAUCACCAGUGGCGCGGAAUCCGUUGCUUCAAGCGCCUCAAGCCAUGGUGCUGCAAGACAGACGGCGGCGCCGAUCAUUGCAGGAGGUUUGUUGGGAGCAGGCGUGGCUGCUAUUGCAAUGCUAUAG